AUGAAGCCAGCAGAGAUCAGAAAUCUACAGAGACUUCUACAGCAUAGAAAUCCAACUGCAGCAAUGACCAGUACCCCAGAGCAUCUGACACUGACUCACAAGCUCAGAAAGCCUCUGGUGGAGAAGUUACGCAGAGAGCGAAUUAACACCUGCAUUGAGCAGCUCAAGAGUCUCCUGGGUCCAGAGUUCCUCAAACAGCAGCCAGACUCCAAACUGGAGAAGGCAGACAUCCUGGAGAUGACAGUUUGCUUCCUGACACAGCUACAGCAGCAGAACCAGCAGCAGAGAAACCUGCUGAACAGCUUCAGCAAGCUGCAGACUGUUUCUGAUGAGAAGCUGAGAGAGGCUGACCUCUUUCCUCUGAGUUCCACAGUCCAGACAAGCAUCACGAAAGGCAACAGCGCCCUGUGGAGGCCGUGGUAG